AUCCACGCUCACAUGGAAACAUCCUCCUCUUCUCCCCGGAGCUGCAGCUGCUGCACAGCGGCUCUUCCUCCGUCUCUCAGGCCGCUGUAGGACACCGCUGGGCGGGGAGGGCAGCAGCGGGGGGCCGCUGGUGGAGAGAGGGUCUGGAUCUGAUGCAAGGAGACAAACACACAAACACACGCACACGGACACACACCGGCUGCUUCCUCUUCAUGUGUAAUCACGGCAGCGACAGAAGCUGCAGACGCUUCUGCUGAUUGUUCCAGUCUGAGGAAGAAGGUUCGUCACCAUGUUGGUGGUUCUGGUUCUGAUGUGGACUCAGCUGCUGCUCGCAGAAUCGUCCUCUGGUGACCACGAGCUCCGACUCCUCCCCUCUCGCCGCUCCCUUCACCUCCCCCCGCGUCUCCUCCCUCAGCACCACUUGAGUGAUCAGCAUCACGAUGUGGACGAGUCCCGCUACCUCCAUCUUCAUCAUCAUCCCCUUCAUCAUCGUUUUCACCACCAUUUGGCCAAAGUGAUGCCGCCCGCCCUCCUGGAGUCUCGCUUCCGCCAGCAGCCCGGCGGUCAGCGAGCCGUCAACCUGCUGGCACGGCCACAUCACGAGGUGCAGCCGGAGCACGCCGCCAUCUCUGCACGGCAUCUGGUUACCGUGUACCUGGCCGUGGACGUGCGGAGGCUGAACGUCAGUCUUCUUCGUUGGUUUCGAGAAGGUGUAGCGGCAGCGCUUGGUGUUCCUGCAGGACGCGUUCACAUCAACCGGCUGAAUGAGGAGAAGAAUGGCAUCGAGCUCUUCGUGUCCUCUGAUAGGCUGGGGAUCUCCGAGCCCCGCCCUGCCGAAGAGGUCAUCCAAUCACUGAACGUCCGGAUCCUCCAUCGCCACCUGGGACACUUCGGCAUCACCGAGGUCUCGACUGAGAAAAACGUCCUGCAGGGGGAGCAGAGGGACCAGGUGUGGACCAGAGAAGGUUUUUACACUGUCGUCCUCUUCUUCACCAUCUUCGUCAUCGUCAUCACCUGCUUGAUGGUUUUGUAUCGACUCAAAGAAAAGGUUCAGGUUUCUGACACGGAACUGAAAGCUCCGCCCCCUGAUCGCCACCUGACACUCACUAUCUCUCCUGACUCCGCCCACAGGUCAAAGGGCACAAAGGUCGUCACAUCAGGAAGCAUGGUCCAAGCUGAGCUCCCUCCAGCUGCCGCCACGCCCAUUCCCCAGCAGCAGCCAAUCACAGCCUGCCGCCGCCUCGCUCCCCCUGUCGUCCCUGGGCCCAGUCCCGCCCCAGCCCCUGUCGUCAUCAGCAGCGUAGCCUCGGCAACGGCCAAUAACGAGCUAAAGCCCUGCCCCUCCCCCUUCAGGAUGAAACCUGCUGCAGGACUUCAAGAGAGACGUGGUUCCAACGUGUCUCUGGUGUUGGACAUGACGUCUCUCGGCUCUGUGGAGCCCCUCAGUGUUUCGGUGGUGACCCCCAGAGAGUCGGCAGCGAGGGAGUACCUGACGUCCGCCAGCCGGCCGCUGACGAGGCCGCGGCUCCGAGACCUCAUCAACAACACGGAUAAGCUGCACGCCGAGUUCACUGAAAUUCCCAUGAACUUCACUGACCCCAAGGAGCUGGACAUUCCAAACCACGGCACCAAGAGCAGAUACAAGACCAUACUACCCAAUCCUCAUUCCAGGGUGAUCCUGAAGUCCAAGAGCUGCAACGACCUGCUGAGCUCCUACAUUAACGCCAAUUACAUACGAGGUUACCUAGGCGACGAGAAGGCGUACAUCGCCACUCAGGGUCCCAUGGUGAACACGGUAAACGACUUCUGGCAGAUGGCGUGGCAGGAGGAGUCGCCCGUCAUCGUAAUGAUCACCAAACUGAAGGAGAAGAACGAGAAGUGUGUUCUCUAUUGGCCGGAGAAGAGGGGGAUCUACGGGAAGGUUGAAGUGUUGGUGAACAGCAUCAGAGAGUGUGAACACUACACCACUCGCAGCCUCACACUCAAGUGUGGGAAUCAAACUCGCGUGCUGCAGCAUUACUGGUACACAUCAUGGCCCGACCACAAAACCCCUGAUUCAGCAAUGCCGCUGCUGCAGUUAAUGUCUGAUGUAGAGACGGAUCGACGGACGGCCGCCGCCAUGGGACCAGUUAUCGUCCACUGCAGUGCUGGGAUUGGCCGGACAGGUUGUUUCAUUGCUACGACAAUCGGCUGUCGACAGCUGCAGUUGGAGGGAGCGGUGGAUGUGCUGAGCAUCACCUGCCAGCUGCGAGCCGACAGAGGUGGUAUGAUCCAGACAGCUGAGCAGUACGAGUUUGUCCAUCACGCUCUGAUCCUGUACGAGGCCCGCCUCUCCACAGAAACGGGCCAAUGAGAUGUCACCACCACAGGACCUGCUGUCACCUUGGAGUUUGCUGACGGAGCAGGUUUUUGUCAGGUACGAUCUGAGGUUUGGGUUUUUCUCUGAGAACCAGGGACUCUGGAAGAAGUGUUUGAGUUUGAUGGACAACCGAUGCGGAUGUUGUGGGCGGAGCCUAUUCACGGAAAGAGGAAAGGUAGAUUUCUGAAAAUGGAAUGUAUCCGAUGUUCUUCUUCAUGUUCUGUUGGUGAGCGGUUCUUCAGAGGAACCCGAGGAAUCUGUCCACUUCACUUCUCUGACUGAGAUUGUUUAAUUUUUAACUAAUUUACCUCUUUUCUGUCACGGAGACUCGAUGGUACUUUGUUCAAUGAGUUUCUGUGUCUUAUAGGAUUUCAGAAUUAUUUUUUAAAGUGUUGUUCUUAUAUGACAGGCUAUUUGAAAAUGACUGUUAGCUGUUUGCACCUUGGUUAAGUUACUGUGCCACUGUUGAACCAACCUGUUAGUGACUCCAGCUCGCCUUAUGUUCCCCUGUCAUCUGGACCCAUCGCAUUCCCGACACUAACAGGAAACAUCUCUUCAACUGAAGGUUUUAAACCAGGCGACUGUAUUUUAUGGUCAAUGUUCAGGUAGGAUACCAAAAAGAAAAAGUGCCAGAUUCAAAUCCUUCUCAAAAUACUGGGUCGUACCGAACCACAAACCAAGUAGUUAGCUGUCAGAUGACCUGAUGUAUUUUACGAUGUCUAAUUUUAACCAUAUUUUCACUUUCGAUGUCUGAACUAUUACAUUUGUUUAACUUCUCAGAUCAUCAAAAGUGAACAAGCCAGUGAAAACAAAUCAAAUGCAUUCAUUAUUUAUAUUUCUAUAUUAACGCUACUAUAUGAUAUGUUAGCAACUGAGCUGAUAUGUUAAACCAGACACUGUUCAUUAUAUGAGCCAAUACCUGGAUUAGCCAAUUAACAAACUGAAAUCAGAAAAGAACUUUUGCCCAGUGUAAAACAAAUAUGAAUCUAUAUUUCCACUGCUACUGUCACAAAUGGAACUACCUCCAUCCAAGCAACACAUGCUAAAAGCUAACAAACCAAUGCAAUGAUAAAUAUGGUCCUGCUAAGCUAUAACGAUCCGAUGGAGGCUCAUUAGUAGUUUGACGUUAAUCUAUAUGCUGCUUGCUAUGCCAAUAAAUGAAUGCUAACCUUUAUGCUCAUGCUAACAAUAGCAUGUAAUGUGAAUGCAUUAUUUUGCUAAACCAAUCAUUUCUCGUAUUCUGCUGCUAAACCUGCUUUUAAAACGAGAAGAAAUUCUUCUUUACGUUUUAUUUCUGCACGAUUCAGAAAGUGCAGCUCCCAUGAGGAUUUGACAGCAGCACUCAGAAUCAAGGGAACUGUAGUUUUUGGAUGCUAACAGAACUGAUUAGAUCGUAUUUAUUAUUAUUAUUAUGAUAUCUCCCCCAUCAUUUAAUAAAUACCAGUUCAAAACUUAAUAAAUACAUUUACAUAAAAUGCGAAUAACAUAAGCUAGCUCAAAAGUAGCAUCAGUCACUUUCAGACAUUAUACAUUUAAUCCAUGAUGUUGAAUUAUCUUCGUAUGUUUGAGUCAAUGUUAAGUUUUCAGUGAAGGGCCAAAUGAAUUUUGCUGAGUCGUUCCUGACAGAAGUAAUAUUUAGAACAACUUGUGCUGCUGGUCUCAGAGUUUACAUUAUAUUAUUAUAUAGAUCUAUAGUCGCACUGACAAUUCCCCUGUUUGAAAUAUUACUUUAAUACCAAAAAUGUGAAGCUAUAUAAGUCACAAUGGUGCAAUCAUCUUGUUGAUGUGAAGUUGUAAAUUAUGUUAUCUAGUGAGUUAUAUCGGUGUAUCAAAGUAAUAAUAACUUUAUUUUUAUACAGUUUUUACAUGUUUUUGAUGUGUUAGCAGCUAUUAGCCGUUUGUCACCUCACAUGAAAGAUUGUUCAAACCUCAUCAUCUCUAUAUGAUCAACUGAGCUGGAAGGAAUUUAAUAGCUGACAUGUUCUCUUUUAUUGGAGCCACAAACACAAAGUUAUCCCUGUUUGAGCUGUUUUUUCAUUAAGAAAUAUGUUUAAGUUUCUCAAAAGAAUCACAUUAUAGAGCUUAAAGUCAAAUACUACAUUUUGAAAUACAUACUUUGACUUUGCUUUAAAUUAGUCAAAGUAGGACUCAAAGUUCACAAAUCCAGACCGUUUACGUUUGUCUGAGUCCACCUGGAACCACAUGUCAAAGGGUGAAGUAAAUGUUUUAUACAUCCCAUAUAAUUAUAUAUUUUAGAAUUAAAAAGUACUUCCUGAGGUGUUGAUUUCAUUUAGAGAUCUGAGGUUUCUACAGUAAUGAACAAUAUGAACAGACAUCAUCUGCUCUCUGUGUGAUUAGAAUAAUGUGCAGUACAUGUUAAAGUGCUAUUAAAACUAAUGUGGGCAGUAACUUUACAAACCAUGGACCAAACGCGUAGAUCUUGCUGCUAAAAGAGCGUCGGGACGACGGACGGACAAUACACGAGGAUCAUUUUGAGGACUCUUGUUUUUUCUAUGUACUAUUAUAUUUUUAUUUAUAUAUUCACUUGUGAUACAAUCAAGGGAUUUUAGAACCUGUCUGUUCGUCUACAUGUUCGACAUCAGACCAUCGUCAACACACUUUUCACUUGAGUCGGUUCAAGUAGAAUAAAUUUAUAAUUUCUAAACGCUCAAACAUCGGAACAUUACUGUGUGAUGGUGAAAUGUAAUAUUCAGUUUGAACUGACUGAAGUGAAAGUGAGUUGAGCCCAACUACACACAUUGCCUCUGACGUAGUAUUGUGUAUGUACAGUAGGUGGUGGUUGAUUUCCUGUAUUUUAUUAUUGUCGACUGUUGAUGGAGAUUAAAGGGACCCGAACAUUUUCUAUUUUACACAGCUGCUUGAGAAACAUGUUCUAUAUUCACUUGACUUUUACAACAUUUAGUUUCUCAGUGUUGCAUCCAGCAAUAUUUGUUUAUUAAAUUCAAGUCACUUGAAACCGUUUCUAUUAAAGAGGCUUUUAUUCAGAGUACAUCAGGUCACAUGGACAAACAACAAUGUGCAAUUUGUAAACAGACAAUCCUAAAAUUAUUAUAAAAACUUGAAUUGAUUAAAGUUUCCCAAAUUCCUUUUUGUUUUGUUUCUAUUUUCCAUGUUAUUAGAACAAAAUUGCAGUAAUUUCCAGGAAAUAACUGUUUUUAGUUGUUUUAAUUAAUGUUCCACACAUGUCUGUUGUUAUUGGGCUAAUGUUCGUUAGCAAGGUAGUUAGCUGAUGCUAUCUAAUAAUAUUACAUGUAAAAGCUUUUUAAUUGUUUGCUCAAUAUCUAUGAUUAAAUACUAUUUUUAUAGAGAUUUUAUUGCUACAGUAACUUGUGCCUCUGCAGUGGAAUUAUUACAACAUUGCAGUCAGUGUUCAGACGAUUUUAACUUUCUCUCAAUAAAUCAAACAACCACAUUAAAAUAAAAAUGUUUGAGUCUCUUUAAACUUCUACUUGUGGGCAUUAAAGCUCCGUCAGAGAAAACCUGAUGCGUAUAUAUGUACGAGCAGUACGUGUUUUUUAAUGUAUUACUAAUCAAAUUGAAUGUUGUAAUAGUCCGGAACAUAAGCCACUGAGUAGUGCUGUGACCUAUCUACUCUGCAUAUAUACUGUUAACCUGUAAUCUGUACAUAAAGACACUGGAGCUCC